GUCAGUUUGCGUGGAGCGAUGGAACGACGCGGACGAGGCUGCGUGCCGCGGUGGUGGUGCGUGGUGACGGUGACGGCCGCGCUGCUGGCGCUGGCGGGGUCGACGGCGGCCUCGGAGCCCGGGUCGGACGCCGCGCCGCCGGCCGACUCCGCGGAGUGGGAGUCGCUGGUGGGGGGCGCGCGCCCCGCGCAGGACGAGGACGACGUGAUGCUCGCUGACGAGGCCGCCACCACAGACGACGCGCUCUGGAACGCGCUGGUGGCGGCGCCGGGGACGGCGUCGACGGCGGCCGCGGAUGCCGGCACCGUGACCGAGGUCAGCGACAGCAGCGACAUCCCGACGCCCGCCCCCGCGCGAGCCGGCCCCCGCGCCGCGGCCUCGGCGCCGGCCUCCGCCGCGGACGCAGUGUCGCUGGCCUUCGUCUUCGACUCGACGGGGUCCAUGUGGAGGGACCUGGAGCAGCUCAAGCGGGGCGCCGCCGCCAUCCUGGAGGCCAUGCUGGCCAGGCCGGACAAGCCCAUCUACGACUACGUGUUCGUUCCCUUCAACGACCCCAAUGUGGGGCCCGCGACCGUGACGACGAGUGCAGACGUCUUUAGGGCCCAGAUGGAGGCGGUCCAGGUGCGGGGCGGCGGCGACUGCCCAGAGCCCUCGCUCGAGGCCAUCCUCCAGGCGCUCAAGCGAGUCCGCCCCAACUCGUACGUUUACGUGUUCACGGACGCAUCGGCCAAGGAUCACUUUCUUUUGCCUGAAGUACUGUCCUUGGUUCAACGGAAGCAGACACAGGUCGUGUUUGUGAUGACUGGAAAUUGUAAAGAUAGCAACACUCCCCGUUAUCAGUCCAUGGAAAAUAUAGCAGUGGCGAGUUCUGGCCAGAUUUAUCACAUCAACAAAGCUGAAGUUGAAGACGUUCUGAGUUUUGUCCAGCAAACACUUGAUUCACAGAAGGUGAACCUAGUGUCAGUAGAUUUACCAGAAGCAGCCAAAAAAGAGCAUGCAGUGCAGGUUGAUGAAACAAUUAGAGAAUUUACUGUCUCAGUUUCAGGGGUAAAUCCCCAUAUUUCUGUUGUUAAUCCUGAUGGAGUAAGGAUUGAUCAACCGCCUGCCCUACAAAAUAUUCUUGAUCUGGAUAAUGUUAAGGUUGUUGUUGUAAAUAAACCAUUGCCUGGAUCAUGGACUGUGGAAACCUCCAGCGACUCAAAGCAUGCUGUGCGUCUGACAGGAAUUAGUGUUGUUGAUUUUUCUUAUGGUUUCUCUGUGCUUGAGACAGAUCGUCUUAAUGAAACUUACCACAGGCCUUUGCAAGAUGCUCCAAAUUUCAUUCUGGUUGGUGGAACCGAUAUGGGUAGUGUGUGGAACCUUACAUCUGUUGACCUUCUUGAUAUUGACGGAUCAACUUUACAAACUAUUCCUCUGUCUCCAUUGGGUGCUCUAGAUGGUCUCUACCGUGGAGGCCAAUUUAUACCACCUGGUGGAGAUCAAUUAUUUUACCUUGCGAACUUUGGUUAUGGGAAAGAUGGCUCCCCAAUCAAGAGAAUAACACCUACAGCCAUAAGUGCUCAAAGUGGAGGUUUGCCUGUGAUUCAGCUUCAGGCCGAGCCAAGAGUGUGGCUAAAUGAUACACUGACACUUCGCUGCCAGAUUGAUUCACUAAUACCUUUUAGUGCUUGGUUUUCUAAAAAUAGGAUACCUAUAUCUAAGAAACAAAAGUACCAGCAGACGGCACUCAUGACAAUGAGAAUAGACAGCUUAACCGAGGAAAUGGGUGGAGAUUAUGUGUGUCACGCCAGCAAUGUUCAAGGUUUCAGCAAAGAUGUAGCCCAUGUGACUGUGUCAGGACCUCCACCUGAAGUCAUUACAGAUACUCAAAUACUUGUUCAACCUAAUCAUCCGGCAGUACUUGACUGCCAUGUAAGGAGCAGACUCAAAUUCAAUAUGACUUGGACUCGUGUUAAUACCCAAUAUUCCAAUGAUGCUGAACUUGUUGAUAAUAAUGCAAGGUACAUCAUUUUGUCAAACUCAUCUCUGGUUAUUGACCCAGCUAUGCCAGAAGAUACCGGUCUUUUCUCAUGCACUGCAGUAAACCAGGGAGGAAAAGGCGAAAGCAGAAUAAAUUUGCUUGUUAGUGAUCCUCUGAAAGUGACUGUGCAUCCAAGAAUAACAAAAUUUCAACGUGGGAACUCAUUUACAAUCACUUGUGAUGCUAACUCGCUGCCUACAGAAUUUUAUUGGGAGCACGAUGGACACAUACUUGAGAGAGGAAGAAUGGGACAUGUAAUUAUAGAAGCUGUUGGUCUCAGUCUAAUUCUUCGUGUUACAAAUGCCCAAUUAACUGAUCAGGGUGUAUUCAGAUGUGUAGCAAUGAAUAGCAGAGAGUCUGUGGAGGAAGAUGCUGAAACUUACUAUGAAGAGAUUCCAUCUGUUAUGAUUAGAAACAGUUCUGAUAUGGUUAGGGCCGGUGACAAUGUACUUCUUCACUGUGUAGCAAAUGGAAUUCCAAGGCCUAAAAUGAGAUGGCUCUGGCAAGGAUUGGAUGUGAAAUUGCUAUCAACGAAUUCUGAGAUGCUUGACAAUGGAGACUUAAUGAUUUAUGAUAUUAAGCCAGAGAACACUGGUCAGUUUGACUGUGUAGCUCAUAAUACUGUUGGAGAAGUGAAAGACUCAGUCAAUAUUACUGUUGGAUACCCUCCUAAGAUUGUGACAAAACCAUCUUCUACAUUGAUUGAAAUUCAGAGCUCUGGUUCUUUAUCAUGCAAUGGAUCUGGAGUUCCUGAUCCAGUGAUUCAUUGGGAGCGACUUGACGGGAAAUUAUUGGAUUCCAGGAGAGUUCAGCAAGAUAUGUCAUCAGGAUCACUUAUCUUCUCAGGGGUUGAAAUUGAUGAUGGAGGUGUUUACAUUUGUGUUCUGGAAAACCAAUAUGGACAACUUGUCCUGGAAGGGGAAGUAUUGGUUACUGGCAUUGUUGCACCUGCUUUUGAUAAACAUGAAUCAAUUGAACAAAAUUUUACGUCUUCUGUUGGAAGAGAAAUUAUUCUGUCAUGUCCGAUUUCGGAAGGGAACCCUCCUCCUCUAAUUGCCUGGUAUAAAGAUGGUAAUCUCAUUGAUGCAGAUGCCAAUUUAGGUGGAAUAUAUAUUCAGAUGAAUGGAUCACUGAAAUUAAGUGAGGCAAACCCCAAACAUUCGGGAAACUAUAAAUGUGAAGCUACAAAUGUAGGUGGAUCCAUAUCACGGUACAUUUUCCUCACUGUUAUGGAUCCCCCAUUUCUGGAGAGCCCAGAUUUACUGAACUUGACUGAAAAAGUUGGCAACAAUGUUCUUCUGCCUUGCAUUGCGUACGGAACACCUUCACCAGAGAUUCAGUGGCUUCAGGGUGACAAUAGCCCCAUCGCACUUACUGAGAGAAUAUUCAGAACUUAUGAAGGUCUCGUGAUGACUGAAAUUCAGUUGAGUGAUGCCGGAACAUACACAUGCAAAGCUCUUAAUCCGGUGGGGUCAGUCAACAGGAGUAUUUAUCUUGUUGUUCAAGAUCCUCCACACAUUGUUGGUGAAUCAGUCAUGGAACUUGUUGCUAAUGUGGGUGAUGUUGUACGUCUACCAUGUGAUGCCACUGGUGAACCAUCUCCUGAAUUUAUUUGGUCACAUAAUUAUGAUUAUCUUACUUUCAAUGAUCAUAUUCUUCCAGGUACAAACAGUGAUGGUUUGGUGAUAACUUCUGUAAACAUUUCUGAUGGAGGUGAAUAUUUGUGCUCUGCUGUGAAUGAUGCUGGCUCUGCUAAUAAAACUAUAACUAUCACCGUUCAAGAACACCCGUCAAUUGAAAUUGUCGGGCCCUUACAGGUGACUGUUACUGCUGGCCAGUCAGCUAAGCUGUCCUGUAAAGCCAGGGGUACGCCUCAACCAAGAAUAGCAUGGACAUUUAAAGGUCAGCCUUUUGUGGUUGAAGAUACAGAGGAGUCAGAGAGUGGGAACACUAUUCUCAGUUUAACAGAUUUACAGGAGAGUGAUUCUGGAUCUUAUGUAUGCACAGCUUACAAUCUAGCUGGAUCUGAUUCAAAAACUGUAAAGCUGUUUGUUCAAGUAAAGCCCUCUAUUGAGCCAUGGCAAGAGAAAUUCAAAAUUAUGGAAGGGCAAGAGUUGGUCUUGGACUGUUUGAUGCAUGGAAAUCCACCUCCAAAAGGAACCUGGCUGAAAGAUGGGGUAGUAAUCUCUUCAAAUGGUACCACUGAUAACUCAGUGCAGUACAGGAUUUCUGCAAAACUUUCUGAUGCUGGAAAUUAUGAAUGUGAAGCAGAAAAUGAAAUUGGAAAUUCUACCAGAGCUCUGGAAGUUACUGUCUUAGCACCUCCUCGGAUAAAGGCCCCUCAUAAUAUUUCUAUUGUUGCUAUAAGUGGGGAAGAUGUUAUGCUGGACUGUGUGGAAGACAAAUUUCAGGGAUUUCCCUUUCCUGAAAUUACCUGGACAAUCAAUGGAAAUCCCAUCAAUUUCACACAGCUCAGCUCUGACACAGACAGUCUUGGGCAUUUUUAUUUCCAAAGAAUAUUACCAUCACAAUCAGGUCAAUAUGUCUGCCAGGUAUCAAAUGAAGCUGGAAAUGGUUCAAGAAUAUUCAACAUUUUUGUCCAAGAAACCCCUUCAAUCCAGGAGGAAUUUCUUGAGAAAAAGACUUUAAUGGAGGGGGAAGACUUAUCCCUUCCUUGCACCUCCAGUGGAAUUCCAACCCCUAAAAUAACUUGGUUGUUCAAUAACAAAUCAUUGAAUUUUAAAGAAGAUUAUGUUGACCUCUUGAUGAUGAAUGACAAUACACUUGUAAUUAUAUCGGCCCAGGCAAAUAUCUCUGGUGUGUUUACAUGUGUUGCUAGGAAUGAAGUAGGUGAAGACAUGCAACAAACAUCUAUCGAAGUAUAUGUUCCACCUUCUAUGACGGGCAAUGGAAUCAUACACAAGGAAGUAAAUGAAGGUGAUAAUGUUAUAUUAACAUGCCCAUCUUCUGAUGCCUCUGAAAUUGCCUGGAGUCAGGAUGGGGAGCCUAUUAACUUUUUGGCCAACGAACGGUCUGAUGAAGCGCAUUUCAAGUUGCUUGAUGGCGGAAAAACACUUGAAAUAUUUGAAUCGCGCUCAACAGACAAUGGAACCUAUACUUGCACUGCAUCAAAUCCAGUCGGAAGCAAGACAGCAACAUUUUUUUUGGAGGUGCUGUGGGCACCGUUUUUUGAGGAAUUUGGAGUAGGCAAGAAAAACUUCACUGUUGUGGAAGGGAACAAUAUUACCUUCGAUUGUUUGAGCAAUGGGAGCCCCACACCUAAGGUUAUUUGGAAAUUUAAUGAAACCCUACCUGUGACGGAGCAUACAUCUCCAGGUGUUGUAAUUUUGCCAUCCAGCCGCCACCUACUCACAAUUCCAGUAGUUAGAGCCCAUCAUGACGGAAUAUACAAAUGCAAAGCUAUCAACAGACUAGGCUUCAUCAACAAACAAUUUGCUCUUCAUGUCAUAGUACCACCAUACGUGGAUUCUGAAAAAGAAGAUAAUUACGAGGUUUUAAGAGGAGAAAGUGUGACAUUGGUGUGCCCUGUCUCUGGUUCACCAAAGCCAGUGUUCCUUUGGGACUACCCAUCCAACUUUAACCCACAUUUCGAGUGGUCCAACAAGAAAGUUGAGUUCCUGAAUCAUUCUCAAAUAAUGGUGAUUCAUGAUGUAGACUUUUCUGACGGAGGUGUCUUUAUGUGCAAUGGUAGUAAUCAAGCUGGCUUCAAACUCAACUACUUCAACAUUUCCAUUACAGGUCUACAGAAAAUCUCCUCAGCAUCAGAAGCACCUGUUAUUCUCGACACUUCUGUAGAAGAAGAUUUAAAUGUCGUGAAAGGAGCUACCUUACUGCUGCAGUGCAAUGUCCGUGGUCAGCCUUUACCAGAUGUACAAUGGACCCACAAUGGUCACAUGAUUUCCAGCGACAGAACAACAGAGCGCUUUGAUCUGGAUACUUCCUCUGUAAGUCAAACACUCAGCAUAGAUUUCUCCGGUGCAAAGGACAGUGGGAAAUAUGUUUGCCAUGCUACCAAUACUCGAGGUACUGCAGAAAAAGUUUAUCGUGUUCGAUUCCAAGUUGCACCUCAAAUUGAUGGUCGAGUCCAAUACUCCAUUGAACAUGUCAAUGCACUGUACGGCCUACCCUUCAGCUUGCACUGUUUGUCUAUCGGAGAACCUUCUCCAUCGAUUACUUGGCUUAAAGAUGGGCUGCCUCUCAUCAAAAAUAUAGAUUACCUAAUAGGUGGUGGCCAUGGGGAAAUCCUACAUUUCAAGCACUCUCAUCAGCAGCAGUCUGGGAAUUAUACAUGUGAAGCAAAGAACAGUGCAGGUUCUGUUUCGAAGAGUUUCAUUCUUGAUGUUCUAAUUCCUCCUUUCCAUCCAAAUAACACCGAGGAGAUAAAGGAAAGUGUGCUGCUUCAUGACUCUCUAAGCUUACAGUGUGACUUCAGGGGGAACCCAGACCCUAAGCUGUUGUGGAUGAAAGGUAUUGAGCCGAUAUCAUCCAGCACUUCUAAAGGGCUGCAACUGUCGGGUGACAACCACACAUUGGUAAUAACUUCAGCUGAACUUAAUCACUCUGGAAGGUAUUCAUGUUUGGGCACCAAUGAAGCUGGUUCUGCAGAACUUAUGUUCCAUGUCAAAGUCUUGGAGUUUCCUCACCGAAAUGAGGCUAUCACCAGAAACUUCACCACUUUUACUGUAAAGCCCUUGCGAAGAGUCAUGUUAUUGUGUGCCAUGAUGGGAUCUCCUUCUCCUAGCCUUACUUGGUUCAAGGAUGAUUCUUUGCUGGAUGGUAACAGUCUCAAUGGCAGUAUUCAGAUCUCUUCAGAUGGCAGGCAACUACACAUCUUGAGUGCCUUACAAUAUCACGAAGGACUUUAUAAAUGCAAUGCAAAGAAUGAUGUUGGUUCAAGUGAUGCAUUUUUCCAACUGAAAAUGGAUGCAAAGGGAGACUGGGGUGACUGGUCAGACUGGAGUAUGUGUAGUGUAUCUUGUGGUUUUGGGACUCAAGAACGUAAUCGUGAGUGCCUCACAUUCAACUGUCUUGGAGAGGUAUUUGAAACAAGACCAUGUUUCAUGUCACAUUGUCCUAUUAAUGGUGGUUGGAGUAACUGGACAGAAUGGAGUGGUUGUGUCCAGACCUGUGGACUUGAAUUGCAGAACCGCACCCGAGAGUGCAACAACCCUGAACCGAUGUAUGGUGGAUUUCUCUGUGAGGGAGAAGUCAGCCAAAGUCAAAUUUGUGACUUACCGCCUUGCCCAGUCGAUGGAAAAUGGUCACUUUGGUCUGAUUGGAGCAAGUGCAGUGUUACUUGUGGUGCAGGGUUACAGACUCGUUGGAGGCAAUGCAAUAAUCCCACUCCAGCUCAUGGUGGAUUAGAGUGUAAAGGGGUCGACACUGAUGUGAGCAGUUGCAAUGAUGGUCCAUGUAUGGGUGCUUGGUCAGAAUGGUCUGACUGGACACCGUGUUCUGCUACAUGUGGUCCGGGAAGAAGACACCGACGCCGAGAGUGUGCUUCUCAGUGGUCUGACUGCAUUGGCGACAAUAAACAGUAUGAGUACUGUAAGCUUAGGCGUUGCCCUGGAGAGGGGCCAAGAAAGGCAAAUCUUCAUAUUCGUGGAAACUUAAAUGGAUAUGAUUUAAGGGAUGACAUUCUCAUUGUCGAUCUGAAAGGAGAUGAUAAAAUCAAACGGGGACUGGUCUCAACAAGGCUUCAUAAUGUUCAGAAACGAGAGGUACCUUUGGAACCAAUAGUUCCCCUAUUAGUCUCACCAGUCUCUUGGAAUGUCGCCUAUGAAGAUAACGAUGCAAGAAAUGGCUACUCUUUAACGAAGGGAAUUUUCAACCAGGAUUCUCAAAUUCAAUUUGCUACAGGUGAAGAAGUGAAAAUUAAACACAUUGGUCAUGGUGUAGAUGAAUCUGGUCAACUGAAGGUAGAUAUUGAAGUGAUUGGUGAGGUACCCUAUGUACAGCCACAAGCAACUAUAGUCAUUCAACCCUUCUCAGAAAACUUUGUUAAAACUGGUUUACAUAGUCUACACGUUGCAUCAGAAGGUGGAUUGUCUGCUGAUGGAAAUUAUAUUCCAUAUACCUUGAACAGCACUGUCUUGUAUCAGCAUAAUAAUGAACCAAUGCCAUUUUUGUCAGAAAAAAUGUCAACUGAUUACAUUGAAUCAAAUUAUGAUCCAAAUCUACAAGAGAUGCAGUACUCUAUCUCAACUGUUAUUUCACAAACCUUUGAUGAAGACAAAUGUCCUGAGGGCUUUAAGCUCAAUGCAGAGCAUAAGCAUUGUGAAGAUAUUGAUGAGUGUUUGUCCGGGUCAAAAUGUCACUCUACACAGCUGUGUGAAAACCUGCUGGGAUCAUACCGCUGUUCCUGUCCUGUUGGCUUCAAAGCCUUAGCCAUUGGGUCACGAUGCCUAGAUGUGAAUGAAUGUCUUCAAGAGCCUCCAUUGUGCUCUAAUGAUUGUCGAAACAUACCUGGAAGUUAUCUAUGCAUCUGUCCUCCAGGGACGUUCCUGCUGGAAGAUAGACAUUCCUGUUCCUCAUCUCCAUACUGGGAUGACCCGGAUGACACGUAUGGAGUCUCUGAUGUAAAUGGAGAAGAGAAUAGAUCUGAGGAAAACCCACUCUCUGCUCGUAAACAUGUAAUUGAUGACGAUUUCCCAUAUCCACAAGAACAUCGCCAAGCAGAAGAGGAGUGGUCUUGCCCUCAAGGUCUUGUAUGGAGAAAUGGCUUGUGUCUCGAUCAAGAUGAGUGCUUGGAAGAUCCCUACAUCUGUGGUGAAGACGAAACAUGCUUAAACAUGUUUAAGACAUUCAAAUGCAUGCACACACCUUGUGGUAGGGGCUACAAGAGAGAUACAAUUACCAGGGACUGCCUGGCUUCGUGCAGCGCAGACCUCCCCUGCCCCAGCGGCGCCACCUACGCAGAGAGGAAGGUGUUUAUUCCAGUGACUGUAGCGGGUGAGGGUAACGAACCAGGAGCGGAGCUCGUCCACUUGUCCGUCUCUCAUAGUCUCAUUGCCCAGUUUAAGAAAACUUCUCACACAAAGUAUUACUUUGGCAACAACAAAGGAAAAGUGGUGCAGUUAAGGCAAGAUAGUGAUAAAUGCAUACUUCAUAUUUCAAAGAAGCUUAAGGCUGGAAAAAUUUACAGAGUUGAAGUUCGUGGUGACACUUUCUCCGAUAAAAAUUUCUACAAAAUUUAACUUAUAUAUCCAUGUUUUAAACCAUAGUUUUUAAGCCACAAAUGAAUGAAAGCGAAUGUAUUACAUCUUGUCUUGGUAGCUAUUGCCGUUGAUACAUUGUAGCUUCUUUCAGUUUAGCUGUUAAGUUUUAUAUGAUGACUAAACUUUGAAGAUUUUAUGGAUGUAAUGUGUCUGGAUAUUCGGUGUAUUUAUUUAUUUAUCAUAGCAUUUGUAUUUCAUAGUACUUCCUCACGCAAUUAUUACCCAAAAUACAUUUUUACACUGUGAAUAUUUAAAUUUGUUCCUGUAAACGUAAGUAAAAAUAAAUAAAUCGGAAUUGCAUGGCAAUUUUAUUUUUUAACUUGA